AGAGAGGGUGAGAUGAAGUCUCAAAAAGGCAGCCUGAACGUGCGUGCGUGUUUGCGUGUCUCUGUGUGUGUGUGUGUGAAAAGUAGAAACCCCGAAAAGCGAAAUUCCUGAAUGCUAUCAUCAUCUUCUGAAUCUUGAUCAUUGCUUCCAAUAUCAUCAUCGAAUCACCUUGCUUCAUUGCAUCGCGUUAGAUCCCAAGCGAAACAAGAAUACAAGGAAAUAAAAAGGGAUGGCUGAUGAUAAAGCAGUUGGGGAAGAUGAAAAGAAAGAGCCAAGUACUACUGCCACCAAAAAUGUGAGACAGAAGCGCAGAGGGUUCCUUUCUGGAAUUUGGAAUGGACUAUUUAGGUUACAUGGGGAUGAUUUUGAGAAGAGGCUCCAAUACAUAUCUAAAGAAGAGGCUGCAGUUCUUUCUAGAAUGAAAAGGAGGUCACGAUCCUGGAGGCAGAUAUCUUGGAAUGUAAUUGUAUUUUCUGUUAUAUUAGAGGUCAUUGCUGUAGUUUAUGCUAUCAUGACAACAAGAUCUGUGGAUAUGAAUUGGAAGAUGAGGGCAGUCCGGGUUUCGCCAAUGUUUCUUUUGCCUGUAUUAGCAUCUGCAGCAUAUUCAACCUUUGUUAGCUUUGUGAGGAUUUGUGAUCGCAGGGACGAGAAAAUUCUUGUAAGGCUUAGAGAAGAAAGGCAAGCAAAAAUUGAUGAGCUGAAGGAAAAGACAAAUUAUUACACUACACAACAGCUCAUUCAGGUGAUUGUUUGUAGCAAGGCUUGUUACAAUGGUUUUCAAUAUCAUGUUUAUUACAUUGUAUAUCAUAAUUGUGGUUUGCAGAGAUAUGAUCCAGAUCCAGCCGCAAAAGCAGCUGCGGCAACUGUUUUGGCAUCUAAGUUGGGUGCAGAAUCAGGUUUGAGGGUGUAUAUGGGAGAUGAAUUAAAUCCCACUGCUACAAUGGGGAGGAGCAAUGAUGUUGAACUUGUACAGUCAAGUGGACUUCGAAAUCGAAAACAACCUCCCGCUAGAUCCUCUAGUUCAGAGGCAACUACUCCAUUUAAUCCUGAUCAACAACAUUUAGUUGGAGGAUCCGGGGGACUUGAUCAAACUCAGACUUCUGAGUAUAAUCAUCUUGUUGUUGAGCAUCACCAACCACAAAGUUCAACCUCACAAGAUGGAGGAUGGCUUGCUAAAAUUGCAGCGUUGCUUGUGGGCGAGGAUCCUACCCAGUCUUAUGCUCUCAUAUGUGGCAACUGCCAUAUGCAUAAUGGUCUAGCUCGGAAGGAGGAUUUCCCAUAUGUAACAUACUAUUGCCCCCACUGUCAUGCCCUGAAUCAACCAAAGCAAUUAGAUGGCAAUAUCUCCCGGGCAUCCCCAAGAAUGGGGUCUCCGAAAGCUUAUGAAAGUGAGGCAGUAAAAUAUGCUAGCGGUUCUGCAGCUGAGAGCAUGCUACUCACAAGCAAUAACCCCGUGGAUGUUAUUGCUUCUGCAACUGAGAGCACAAUCACGAGCAAUAGCCCCGUUAAUGCUAGCCCUGAGAUUGAGGAAGUAUCAGAAAGGACGAGCUCGGAAGAUAAAGCUGAUUAAAAGGGCAUUGUUGUGGUGUUGUUUUUGCGGUUUGGAUGAUAUAUCUUGCUGAUGCAUAUACAGAGAGCAUGCUUGCAAAUGGUUUCUUUGGUUGGUGCUUGUAACAGAAGUGCUGAUAUACUUUGAUACAUCUUGUGAUUAUGAUACAUACACGUAUUGCUUGUGAAUUACGGCAGUUUUGGCAUUUUGGUGAUUCUUUUUCUUUUUCCUUUUGUAAUAUUAUAUUCUGACAGUGCUCCAGUUUAAAACUUGGAUUGGAUUGUACCUGAGAAAUUAUGAAAGCGAAAUCUUAUUUCUGAA